AUGUCCGGCACAUCUGAAGUGACACUUGUCCUCGUGGUGUCUCUGAUGCUGACCUGCGUGUCCUCAGAUUCGGUGCAGCAUCACCCCCCGGACCAACCCUUCCCCGAGGAUCGUCAGUCGCCACCGGAGCCCUACGAUCGUCCCAUCGACUUACACGACCAAUUACAAAGUUUGACGUACAUCAGGCCAGAACAAAGCGCUGAUGACGACCCCCCGCACAAUAGCUGGAGUGCCCUAGUCCCCGGAACACCGGGCACCGACUACCCAAGCCUUAAUAAAAUCCCGGAGACUUCAUUCUCCUGCGCUGAUAAAAUACCAGGAGGCUAUUACGCCGACGACGAGACUGGUUGCCAGGUCUUCCACAUAUGCAAUAUCGGUGGCUCCAAGAGUUCAUUUUUAUGCCCCGAGGGUAGUAUUUUCAAUCAACGUCACUUCGUGUGCGACUGGUGGUACAGCUUCCAGUGCGACGAGGCUGUAUCUCUCUACCCCGAGAACAAUCCCGAGACCAAUGAGGCUGAUGAUCCAGAAUCCAUGGAUUCACCGGACUCCAAAUCGACCGAUAAUUACGAACCGAUCGGAUUUCGUAAUGAUUCACCCAAGGACUUGGCGUUGGCGAGCAGCGGCGAGGGUGGGUCCAGUUACACCCAGGAGAUAUUGCCAAAGGACAAUCAACGUGAGCCACUUAACUAUGAACAAAGGAACUUGGAGCAUCAUAACGAGAAACUCGAUCGAAAGUUGAGGGGGAAUUAUCGCAAUGAGGAUAAAUUUCGUCAGUAUCCAUUGACAAAUAGCGAGAAUGCACGAGUGGGCGGCGAAAAUUCUCGGGAUUUAGAUGGCGGAAGGGGGGCGGGGGGAGGGGAGAGGGAGCUUUCAGCGGAGGGCAGGGGGGAGGAUUUCCGGGACACGGCACCGAGGGGCUUCUCUUUCAAUCGAGGAACUGGGAGGAAUGCACAUCAGAGCGGGAGUCAGAUUCCCAGAGCUUUGGGCAGCUAUUCGGAUUUCCGGGAGGGAGAGGAGAGGAAUUCCAGGGAGGGAGAGGUCAGAUUCGUACCGGCUUUGUAAGGAGAGAGGAGUGGGUCAAUUUUUUGAUUUUUGAGAUGUUGGGAUUUAAUUCUUGGGCGCUGAGAGAAACAUUUACUUCACGGAGAGAAGUAUUCAGUAAAAAUUAUGAAAUUCACGUAAUCCGCAAUGGGGAAUCGUUUCCGGAAAUUUUUAUGGGAAUGGAUGAGAAGGAAUCUGGAACGUUCAGGGAAUUUCAGGUUCAU